ACCAUCUCUCUCAGCAUAAACCUAAACAUAAACCUCCGACCAUCUCUCUCAACCUCAUCUCCCUCUUCCCCUUCCUAGAUUGACACCCCUUCCUCUCCCGAUUAGGAUCAACACACGACGUCCUUGCUUCCUCUCUCCGUCUCUGUGUCCGUCUCCGAUCGUCGGGCUACCCCUUCAAUUUUGUCGUCUCCCCUCCAGAUCCCCGUCAGCAACGAUCUAGUCUCGAGAUCCAGUUCUUAAAUUCCUGGUCAGAAGAAGCUUCUAUAAAUCCGGUUUCAGAUUUGAGCCCUAGAUAUGUUUUCCGGUGUGCACCCCCUCUUCCUCCAUUCUGAUUUGCGUUUGUCUGCUAUGUUUUUGAUCUGGCAGAUAUGCUGACCAAAUUCGAGACGAAGAGCAACCGGGUGAAGAGUGUGAGCUUCCACAGCAAACAUCCCUGGGUCCUUGCCAGCCUUCACAGUGGCGGUGAGCUCAAUCCCGAGGAAGAGGACUACUUCCAGGACAGCUUCGCCGAGCUCAACCCCAAGAAAUCAUGGGCCAAGAAGCUCAAGGAGGCCACUCUCAGCCUCAAAGUCAAAGCUUCCAGAUCUUAUUUCAAAUCCCUGUUCCACAGAUCUCAACCCACAAAUGACAAAUUGGAAGGCCCAAAAACCUCGAGACGCCAUCAAAAUCCAAACAUGGCGGAAGAUGAGAGCUGGAGCAAGUCGUCCGCCGCUUCUUCCAAGUCGUCGUCCUUCUCCAGCAAGUUCAGCGGCGGUAAUUCCAUGCUGAGGUGGAGUAGCAGUGUGAGCUAUGAUGCAGAGACCUCGAUCCAAGGGGCGAUCGCCUACUGGAAGAAGAGUAGUCAACGUGCGAUUGACUCCGGUCACUUCGCUGCCAGGAAGAGCGGAGUACUCACGAGAUUCUACAAUUUUUGUCUUCUUCUUGUCCUCCAUCUCGUGCCUCCCUCGACUCUCAAAGCACUCAAUCCUCAGUUCCCCACGCAGCCACUCUUCUUCCACCUCUGUGCACAUCUAUGGAGGAAGGCAAAGACGUGGAGCACUCCAGAGCAACAGCCAGCUCCGUAAUGCCAUUGCCUAAAUCUCCAUCCACACAGUAUGAAGAGAAUGGGAGAGAGGAGGAGAGCUUCCAUAACGCUUUGCUGGUCUUACAACAUCUCUAUUUUUUUCCUGCUAAAUUAAUUGUUUCUUCUACUAAUUUCUCGUUGCAGGAGCUGAAAGACCUGCGGUCUCAGCUUCACCAUGCGGUAGAACAUUGUGAGCGUGCAUUUUCCUCAGCCUAACAGAAGAAGAUGAUUUUGGAGGGGACAAAGAGCUACAUAUGUGAAGCAGUUGUGGCAAUAGUCGACCAUUUAGGAACUGUCUCAUCUAAACUCGAGCAGAGUCUCCUUGCAAAUGUUGUGGUUAAGCAGACUGAACAAAGAAUUGGUUGCUUGAAGCAGAGAAUCCUUGCUUGCCAACAAUAUGCCAUGUGUCUUGAGCUGUGUAACAUGCAACUGGACAUCAAAUUCCCUCAACACCAUCAGCAUUUUUGUAUUGACAGGGCGCAACCACUAUGUGAUGUGUGCCUCCUUUUAUCCAUCGUCACUAUUAAAGUCCUUCCUCAUCUUCGACAGUUUCAU